UUCUUCCGAAGCACACUCUUCCAGAUCUUGGUAGUUGGAAUAUGCGCCUUUAGUGCUCCCGGCAUAUGGAGCGCGAUGAACGGCCUCGGUGUUGGAGGAUCAGCCAGCCCCGACCUCAUCAACGCCGCCAAUGCGAUAUUAUAUGGUUUCAUGACGGUAACAUGCUUCGCUGGGCCCUGGUUCACCAAUGCUCUUGGAUUUCGGUGGACUUUGGCCCUAGGCAGCCUAGGAUAUCCGGUUUAUGCUGCCGGGUUGUACUGCAAUAAUCGCUUCGGAAACAUCUGGUUUGUAUACGUUGGAGCUGUUGCAUGUGGAAUCAGUGCUGGUUUCUUUUGGAGCGUCGAAGGAGCUAUUGCCACGGGCUAUCCUGAGAGCCAUAAACGCGGACGCUAUAUCGCAACUUGGUUUAGCUUUCGCAACUUCGGAAACAUCAUAGGUGGAUCAAUUGCUCUUUCCGUGAACCACAAAACCAACAAGCUCGGAAAGGUCGGGUACGAGACUUACCAGGCCUUCAUCGCAAUCCAAUGCCUCGGUUUCUUCGCCGGCCUUCUUCUUUCAAAUCCCGACAAGGUCCAGCGCGAUGAUGGCACUCGCAUCAAUGCGCCGAGAGAUAUCAAUUGGCUCACCGAGCUGAAAGCCAACUGGAAACUGGCAACCGGCAAGCAUAUGCUUCUUCUCACCCCUCUCUUUUGGUACUUUGGUUGGAUCCAAGCGUACCCUGGAACUUACCUCGCAACUUAUUUCACCGUCCGCUCCCGCGCUCUUGCAAGUUUCCUGUCGGCCGUCGUUGGUACCUUCGCUACAUGGCUCAGCGGCACGAUUGUCGACCUCCCGUGGGCAAGAAGCCGGAAAACUCGCGCAAUUUCCGCAUACAUUCUCAUCGCGCUGCUCAACAGUGCGACUUGGAUCUGGGCCGUUAUUAUUCAGAACGAGUUUCGGCACACGCGACCCCAGCUCGACUGGGCGGUGCAGAGCACCUUCGGCCGUGGCUUUGGCGUGUAUAUGUUUGAAAGAUUGAGCCUAGGAAUGGUUGAAAAUUAUAUCUACUGGUGUAUUAGCAACUUGUCCGACUCCCCAGGCGACCAGAUCCGGUACAGUUCGCUGCUUCGGGGCAUCGAGACGGCUGGGGUCGCGGUCGGCUUUGGAGUGCAAGCAGUUCCUACAGCUUUAAUUGCAACAGCUAGCAUCAACCUUGGGUUUUGGUUCUUUGCCUUGCCAUUUGGCUGGUAUGCAACUUUGCGGGUUGUGCGGAAAUUCAAUCAGUUGGAUAGUGAGCGAAAAGAAGGACUGCAGAAUGUUGAGCCAGUGGCUUCAGCGUGAUGUGGAGAGCGCGUGACCUGAGAUGUCUUUGAGAGUUUCUACGGUCUAAACUCUGCGGAUCGUGAUUUUACAAGAGAUUUGCGUCUAAAUUAAUACUCGAAAUUUCUAGGAUAGAAUUUACCGCGUG